GCGCGGCGUUGCGGCACGAACGGACUACGAGUCCCAGGAUGCCUUGCGGCGUCGGCAGCAGCAGACGUGGCACCGCGCGGUGGUUGUGCCGAGCGGAAAGCCGGGAGGUGGCGGACCCGAAGUCAUGGCGGCCAGAGCAGCGGGUAGUGGGGGCUGGGAGGUGGUGAAGAGGGGCCGACGACCAGGAGCAAGCAGCGGUGGGCGAGGCGGCGGCGGUGACCGCCGGGCACUCGGGGAAGCAAAUGGAGUGUGGAAAUACGACCUGAGCUCGCCAAUCCAGACUACAAGCACUCUUUAUGAGCGUGGCUUUGAGAAAAUCAUGAAGCGGCAGAAUAAAGAGCAAGUUCCACCCCCUGCUGCAGAGUCUAAGAAACCAGUAAACAAGAAGCAACCGAAGAAGGUGACAGCUGUUACUAGCCAAAACCAGAAACAGGGCCCAUUCCGAUGCCUGGAGGACGCACUGAAAGCUCUGGAUGUGGCAGCUCUGCAGAAGGAACUGGACAAGAGCCAGAGUGUGUUCACUGGGAACCCCUCCGUGUGGCUGAAGGACCUGGCCAGCUAUCUCAACUACAAGCUGCAGACUCCACGGAUGGAGCCUACUCUGAGCCAGUAUCCACAUGAUUAUCCCUACAGCCUCGUGAGCCGAGAACUACGCGGGAUCAUCCGGGGGCUCCUGACCAAAGCUGCAGGGUCUGUGGAGCUCUUUUUUGACCACUGUCUAUUCACUAUGCUGCAAGAGCUGGAUAAGACACCAGGGGAGUCGCUGCAUGGGUACCGCAUCUGUAUUCAAGCCAUUCUGCAAGACAAGCCCAAGAUUGUCACCUCAAACCUGAGCAAGUUCCUAGAGCUUCUGCGGUCCCACCAGAGCCGACCAGCAAAGUGCCUGACCAUCAUGUGGGCCCUGGGGCAAGCGGGUUUCACCAACCUCACUGAGGGACUGAAAGUGUGGCUGGGGAUCAUGCUGCCUGUGCUGGGCAUCAAGUCUCUGUCUCCCUUUGCCAUCGCACACCUGGACCGGCUGCUCCUGAUGCAUCCCAACCUCACCAAAGGCUUUGGCAUGAUUGGCCCGAAGGACUUCUUCCCACUUCUAGACUUUGCCUAUAUGCCCAACAACUCCCUGAGCCCCAGCCUGCAGGAGCAGCUGUGCCAGCUCUUCCCCCGAUUGAAGGUGCUGGCAUUUGGGGCCAAACCGGAGUCUUCCCUGCACACCUACUUCCCCUCAUUCCUGUCCAGAGCCACUCCUAGCUGUCCUGCUGCCAUGAAGAAAGAGCUCCUGGCCAGCCUGACCCAGUGCCUGACUGUAGACCCCCUCAGCGCUAGUGUCUGGAGACAACUGUACCCCAAGCACCUGUCACAGUCCAGCCUACUGCUGGAGCACCUGCUCAAGUCCUGGGAGCAGAUUCCCAAGAAGGCACGGAAAUCUUUGCAAGAAACUGUUCAGUCCUUCAAGCUUGCCAACCAGGAGCUUCUGAAGAAGGGCAGUGGCAACAGUGAGCAUGUUGUCACCUGUGAUACAGCCUGCAAGGGCUUGUUGCAACAGGCACGGGGUCCUCGGCCACCCUGGACCCGGCUACUACUGUUGCUUCUGGUCUUUGCAGUAGGAUUCCUAUGUCAUGACUUUCGGUCCCACAGCUCUUUCCAGGCCUCCCUCACCGGCCGGUUGCUUCAAUCAUCUGGUUUCUUGCCUGUUGGCCAGCAAGUGUGUGCCCAGCUCUACUCCUACAGCCUGCAAAGCUACAACUGGCUGCAGGAGACCUUGCCAGCCUGUGGCUCCCACCUGCUUGCUGUGGUACAGCCCAGUUUGCAGCUGGCCUGGACACACAUCUAUGCCACAUUCAGCUUCCUUUCUGCCCACUGUGCCUCCUACCUUGCCUGCAUCAGUGAUAGCCUCGCCAACUUCUUUCAGAGGGUCCAUCUCCCUGAGGCCCUACAGCAGCUCUUCCACUCCUUGAAGGAGCUGCUGCUGCUCUUCCACCACAGCGUGCUGCUGCCCGCGUGGCACUUGCUGCUUGCAGCCCUGGCCCAAGUCCAGGAGCAUUGCCAUGAGGCCUGCAGAGGGGAAGUGACCUGGGACUGCAUUAAGACACAGUUCAGCAAAGCUGCCCAAUGGACCUGGCUCUGCCUGCAGGAUGUCACAGUGGCUUUCUUGGACUGGGCACUCACCAUGAUAUCCCAGCAAUAGACCCUGCCUGCCUGCCUGGCCACUGGUUUUUGUGGUGGGCUAGCUAUUGGAGACUGCUGCUGGGGGGGGGGGUAGAGGAGGCAGCUCUCUCUUCACUUGGUGCCUGAGUUCUGCCUCCUAGACAAGAAGCCACAUGCUUCUGCCUCCCUUCUCCAUCUUCAGGAGACUAGGCAGGAGCUUCUCAGCCUCCUGUCCACAGGAGGUAUCUCAGGCCCAGUUGCACAGCAUCCAAACCUCCUCUGGGCUGGUAGCCUUUCUCCACUUCUCUCCCCUCGCUCUCCCGCCAUCUUAUCACUUAAAGAGCCACAGCUCACCUCCAAAAGAAGGGAAGUAGCCUCCUCUCCCUAUUCCUGGUCAUGACUUAAACCACAGCAAACAAAAGGAAAGGACUUCAGAAGGGCCAGCAUCACCGUGGAUAGCAACAGCGUCACUUCUACCAGCAGCCUGGGUGGCUGUCAGUGGACAUGCAAGCCAUGUGGACAGACCCAUUACCUCAAAACACCCAGAACAAGCACGCCUUCUGAGGAGGCCACUUGUUCCCUGCUCUGUCAGCACCCUGGCUUAACUCCAUUCUGCCUGGUGCUGGGCUCCUUUGUCAGACUGGUCCGUAGCUCCAGCCACCUGAAGAGCGGCACCUCGGUCGGCCCACCUGCUGAAGGGAGGCAGCAUAGAGCUCCCAGGGAGAAUAAAGGACAGACUGGAUUUCUAGCUUUCCUUCCUGAAUCUUCAUAUGGGACUCCCCAUAGUUUGGGGACAGAACAGCAGAGCCUUGGGCCUCUGCCUGGGGUAUUGCAGCAAUAAUUGAGCUUCUGGCAGGGAAAGUAUCUUUACCACUCAAAACUAGGUUCCCAUGAUUCAGUUGGUGUUAGUGAUUGUCUGACUUGUCGAUUCCUAUCCAAAUAUUUGCCUCAGUGUGAUUGGGAAGGCAAGAGCAGAACUGGGUAGUCUCCCAAUCCUUAACUUAUUAAUUGGCUCAUUUUUUGAGGCAGUGGGUUUAGAACUCCAAGAGAUGAAGCCAGGGCUUACCACCAGUCCUCAUUUGGGUUUGGGACAGUUCAUUGCAGAUGUUCUCAUCUCUCGGGUCCUUGGCAACUAAGAGCUGCUUCUCUGACAGCUUUGUUUUCCCAGAAGCAUCGUAGAGCUGCCACUUUUCUUUUACAACCCCCCUCCUGUGGUGCCUAGAGAUGCUCUCUGUCCCUUCCCCAAGUGAAAUUUAGGUAGCAAGUUUGGAACCAUCUUGACUCAAUUUAUAAACCCUGGCCUCUGCCUUUUGCUACUUAUUUUAGGAAGUGAACAGCCACAGAGGCUGCUCUUUGCUGGCCUCCUGGCAGUUAGUUAAUCAUGACCUGUUCGUUGUUCCCAGUGAGAAAAAGCUCUGCCCACCCAAGGACCAAACACAGCCUGCUAGGUCAGGUUGUCCAAUUGUCCCACAUGGUCUGUGUUCUUGUCAGUCAGCCUCAAACAGUGCAGCCUACCUCAUGUGUUAGAGAGGACAGCCUGGAGCAGCCACAGCACAGAGCAAGGCUGUCGGAAGAGUUCACGAAUGCUAGACUGAUUUUUUUUUUAAUCCAGCAAACUUAGCCAUGCCGCUGUUUUGCUAGCAGUGAUUUAACUUGGGUUCAUAAAUUUCUUGUAUUAAAAUCCUUAAAUGCAACAUUUUUUUUAAACUUAGAUUAGUUGGCAUCUCCAUGGUGCAUCGUGGUGACACUAAUACCAACUUUAUUUGGCUCUAUAAGCCUAUUGGGAAAAGGAGCUCUUGUUCAGUUGUUUGGCCCCAGAUGGGGCUAGUACAGCACUUUUCCUGUCUGCUAGAGAGUACCACCUGUUCUCCAUUAAAGCAAAGCCAGACAUCCA